AUGAUGGAAUCGUUAACUUCGAAAUCACCCAAUACAACCCAGCAGCAUAAGUCCUGCCAAAAAUGCGAGCAAAGCUUACCGCGUCACUUGUUUUCGAAAAAAGAAUUCAGCAACGAUACUUCAACUUGCCACCAAUGUCGCCGAAAUCAAACAGCCGAACGAUGCAAACAAGCAGCAAAACCUCAGAUUAAACUCGGAAGGAAGGCCGAUUCUGGAAUCAUGAGGAGACCUAACAACUUUGGAUACUGCGACUACUUGGAUCAGGUCUUUUCAUUGAAAUGUUUUAGUGAUUUAGUGACGCUCGGGGUAUUCCAGAGUGCAAAAGACAUUUCAGAGAGCAUGGCCGCCAUUCAAGCUGCCAUCAAGCAUGGGCUACCGGUAUCUCCUAGUCAGAAUGAAAAGAAGAAAAAGAUCAAGUGUCUAUGUAUUGGGGAUGGAUCUACUCCCCGGACUGCAGUACUAGCCUGCUAUUGGAAGCAAUGGAGCUGUGUUUCGAUUGAUCCUGCUCUGCAUGAAGAAUGGACAGGAGAGACACCAAAGGGAGUUCGAAACUUGAUUGGAUUUGGAGGCACUCUGGAGGAGUUCAUGUCAUUACCUCCCGGCGAAGAUGAUUCUUCCUAUGAUCACUUGGUUCUAUUAUGUGUGCAUUCACAUGCUCGUCUCAUGGGCCCCUGUUCCAUCCAAAACAUAAGGAACCGGUACCCUUCCAUUCCCCAUACGACAUUGGUGAGCUUACCUUGCUGUCCCAAAUUCCGAUCUCACAGAGAUGUUGGCCGGCCACCGGACAUUUUCUAUGAUGAUGACUGUGUUUUUCCUGCCUGCCGAAAAGUAGAAAUCUGGAAUUUUUCGAAUGUUGCGGCGGCGGAAUCACCAAUGGUGUGUCGUGAAAUUGCAGCCUGA